AUGCUGGGUGCUUUUGUACUUGUGGCUCAUAGCUUUGACCCGGGCGCCAUCCAAAUGCGGCCCCUUAGCAGCACAGUGCGAGCACGCCGAGUGUUUGCAUUCGUGGCUGCACUUCUCGGCACAUCGACCCUGACACAGACUUUUGCCCAGACGCGAGUCAUGGAGGUAGACCCGGAAUACCCGGGAACUGCCGUAGAACGUCUGCGGAACAUCCAGGCACGGGUGAAAAGCCUGAAGCCCGAAGAUCUGAGCAAGGACUGGGAGGAGGUUCGCCGCAAGAUCCUUUGGGCUGGGGGCUUGAAGGACCUCCCGAACAACGUGCCUGGGCAAGGCUACACAGGCCAUUCGUUUAACGACGACAACCACUGCGAUCUGACACCGAUGCUCGGAGAGGUGGCGCACAACCUCCACGAGGGCGAGAUUCGGGGAAUCGCGAUGGGAAAUCGAUUAGGUCCUGGCAUCGACAUUGCAACUUUACCCGAACUUGGUCCGGGAGGAUCUUGGAGCACUUGCACAAAUGGUUGCCACGUAGAACCGCCGCAGGAUGUGGCCCACGUGCAGUUCAGGGCCCGGAUCGCUUUCAAGCUUGUGUGGACUCCACCGCACUUCAACAGCUUCGUUUUGGUUGAUGACAGUGGUGCGUACCUAAACCAUGGGACUCCCACAGGCGCCGUGCCCGGCCUACGCGCCCGGGUCUCGAACUACAACUUGGUCAAAGGAAGCAAGUACGCUCGGGAAGCGGAGGCUCUGUCCGACCGCGCGGCUGGCGCUUAG